UUUGAAACUGACAACGUCAUUCACACGAGAUCGUAUGCGGUGCGCAUGUGUUUUAAUUUUCCAAAUAAAUACUUGCUUUACUGAAAGUUUUCAACAUUCGUGCAGUGAACAGCUUGCAACAUGGAACAACCUUUAUUUCGGACAUUAAACGCUGACGACGAAGACCCUGAAGUCACGGAGAUCGAAUCGUUAUGCAUCAAAUGUUUCUCAAACGGCACAACCCGCCUCCUGCUCACCCGUAUACCAUACUACAAGAAUGUGGUCAUCAUGUCCUUCUGCUGCGCGGACUGCGGCUACCAGAACAACGAGAUCCAGCCCGGAGGGGCCAUCAACCCUAAGGGGACCAUAUGGACGCUCCGCGUGCAGACCGAGGACGACCUGAACCGGCAGGUGGUGAAGAGCGACCACACCGCCGUGACCAUACCCGAGCUUGACUUCGAGAUACCCGCCACCAGCCAGAAAGGAGAAGUAACCACAGUGGAGGGUAUCCUGUCCCGGGCUAUCGACGGGCUCCUUCAGGACCAGGAGUCCCGCAAACAGCAGCAUCCAGAAGAUGCCACCGCUAUAGACCAGUUUGUGGAGAAACUGCAAGCUCUGAGGGUGCCCGGCAAGCAGUGGACCUUGGUGUUGACUGAUACGAGCGGUAACUGCUUCAUUGAGAACCCGGAGCAUCCGCGGCGGGACCCGCGCUGCGAGAUGACCGAGUUCUCCAGGACCAAGGAGCAGGACGAGGAGUUGGGCCUCUUCACUGACAACCAGCCCCCGCCCAGCUCGCAGUCGUCUGCCCUGCUGUCGCCGGACGGGGCGGCGCUGGACUACGAGCAGCUGGCCGCGGAUGACGUCAUGCGCUUCCGGACCAACUGCCCCGACUGCGACGCGCUCGUCUACACCAACAUGAAGAUGACCAACAUUCCUCACUUCAAAGAGGUCAUCAUCAUGGCGACCUCCUGCGACUACUGCGGGCACAGAACUAACGAGGUGAAGUCUGGCGGCGGCGUGGAGGAGAAGGGCGUCAGGAUCGAGGUGCGCGUAGCCGGACCGCAGGACUUCUCGCGGGACCUGCUCAAGUCGGAGACGUGCAGCAUGGAGAUCCCGGAGCUGGAGCUGGAGGUGGGCGGGCGCGCGCUGGGCGGCCGCUUCACCACGGCGGAGGGCGCGCUGGCGGCCACGCGCGACCAGCUGCGCGCCUGCCCCGGCCUGCUGGGCGACGCGCCCGGCCUCAACCCGCGCGCCCUGCGAGAGUUCACAGAGAAGCUGGACGCGGUCCUCCGCGGUGAGUUCCCCGUCACCAUCAUCCUGGACGACCCCGCGGGGAACUCGUACGCGCAGAGCCUCGCCGAUGACCCCGAGGAGCCCGAUGAUGGUCUCAAAAUAACUUUCUACGAGCGAACAUUUGAACAGAACGAAGAACUCGGACUCAACGACAUGCAGACUGAGAACUACAAGACCGACGAACACGAGCAACACGACGCCUCCGACAAGUCCGAGCAACACGAGCAGUCCGACAAGUCCGACCAACCCGACAGAUAGCCGAGUGACAGCAAACUAACAGCCAGAGAAACGACGCUCAAUAUACAGACAACGUGUCCAUACAUACUUGUAACUUAUGAUAGUUUUAUAUCUAUACAAAAGUUUGUAAAUUGUCAGCGAUGAUUCCACAAUUAUUGCUGUCAAUUGCUCCGUGUUUGCUUUUGCAAGAUACUUAAUAAAAUUGUUGCCUGUUGUUAAAAUUGUUUAUUUAUGAUGUACAAAGUGCUGCUAUGAAAUAUAAAUGAUACAAUGAAAAAAUUCAAACCGCACACAGGCUCGAACUGGCGACUCCUGGCUGCCAUACGCUCUACUAACUUAGCUACCGAGGUCAUUGACCAAGAGUUUCAAUUUCUUCAUUAUAUCAAAUAAGAUAAUUGUAUAAAACACUUUAUGCCUACUGUCACCGGUUUUUUUUUUUAAUUUAAAUUUCAUAUAAUCUAAACUGUAUACGCAUAUAAAAGUAAUUCAACCUUAAGUUGCACUUAAGUGUCUUGCUGUUUGCCACUUUAAGGUGUAGUCCUAUGUAUAUUAUGUAAUUCUGCCAUUGGAAAGCUUAUUGUGAAUAGUGAAAUAUUGUGGUGAUAUUCAAUGUUUAAUGUUAAUAUUUGUACUUUAUUAGAACAUUACUAUAAAAUCGUUAUCGACACACCGA